AUCUUUGUCUCGGAGCCCCCAGGAGGCACCUGGCCUUGCCGGCCUUUCGGGGUGACAGCGGGCACCGCACCCCAGAAGAAGUUUGCGAGUGAGAGGUGGAGGACGAGACCGCAUGGAGCAGUCUCUGAUGACACUUGUUCUCUUGAGACGUCUCCCCCGCUCCAUCCCCUUCCAUUACCCCUCCUGCUUGCACUUGACGGACUUUUUAAAGCAAGAGCUGCCCCUUGUCUCGGGAAUGCACACCCCCUCUCAAACCCUGCACCCCCAUUUCUGGGGCUGAUCUGGAGGAGAGCAACAAGAAUGGGAAGAAGAAGUUGGAUGCCAUGACCCUCAUAAAAGAAGACAUGUCCAUAUUUGGGCACUGCCCAGCCCAUGAUGAGUUCUACCUGGUCGUGUGUAACCACUGCAGCCAAGUGGUGAAGCCUCAAGCUUUCCAGAAGCACUGCGAAAGAAGACAUGGGCCCCUCAGCAAGCUGUAUGCCCGGGCUCAAGCCUCUGCCACCCCUCAGAAAUGCCAUGCAGUAAAUGGGCAGGGCCCAGCUUGCGGGGGCCAAGGCCCCACCAAAGCCUCCUCAAAGGAGAAGGUGCCAGGGGGCCGAGGCCGGGCUAAUCACCCACCUGAGAAGGCACAAAAGGACAACCUCUGCCUCUUCGUGCCUGUGGUGAAUUUGGAGAAGAUUUCCAGUCUCCCUAAACCUGACGGACAAGGGAUCAGAGUGAACCCCAAGCCUCUGACUCCUCAUUCCACUUUUCUCGGCCCAUCCAGUGGUCUUACUAAGGAUACCCCUGGGAAAGCCCCCACAGCUCCCUCUUCCAAAGAACUUCCCAGCAAAGGGAGCAGCGACUCAGUCCUCUUGGAGGGACCUAGCCCCCAGGCCGAGAGUGGUAGCCCCCAAGAGAAGGAGCCCAGUGUUGCCAGGCUUCAGCCCAAGGCCCACAAGAAGAUGGCGCGGAAGGAGUGUGAUCUGAACAGGCAGUGUGGGGUAGUGAACCCAGAGACCAAAAAGAUCUGUACCCGCCUGCUGACUUGCAAGAUUCACUCAGUGCAUCAGCGCCGGGAGGUCCAGGGCCGGGCCAAGGACUUUGAUGUGCUGGUGGCAGAGCUGAAGGCCAAUUCCCGAAAAGGGGAGUCCCCCAAAGAGAAGAGCCCUGGGCGCAAAGACCUGGGCCCUGAGCGCCUCUCUCAGGAGCUGCCCUCUUCAGCCCAGGCAGUAGCAGCUCUGCCUGGCAGCACCUUCACACCCAGGGCCAAGCAGACCUAUCCCUACUGUGCACUGCCUAGGUCACGGGUCUCCUCUGAGAGUGAGCUAGAUGACGAAGGCCCUUGUGGUGGUGAUCGAGACCUAGGCCUAUUUCCUUUCCCUCUACCCCGGGGUGGGGCCCAGGCUUCCAGCGAGGAGAGUGAGGAAGAUGUAGCACCUGAUGACUUCCACCACGUCCCUGACUGUCAUUAUGCAACUCGGCCCCCUCGGCCACAGGCGUUCUGCACCUUUGGUAGCCGGCUGGUAAGCCCAGGAUGUUACGUGUUUAGUAGGCGGCUGGACCGGUUCUGCUCGGCGCUCAGCUCCAUGCUGGAGCGACAUCUCAGCUCACAUAUGUGGAAGAAGAUCCCACCAGCAGCUGAGCCCCCAUCUCACCUCCUCAUCUCUUCCCCGCCUGUUCCCCUGAGCCCUUCCGCAGCAGGCACCUGCCCCCGCCUUUCUGGCCCCAGCCACAGGCCUCCCUUCCCACCCUCUGCACCCGUCACCAAGGACGACCCAGCCCCUGGCUACCCUGCGGGCUCUCCCAGUGUGGGGGCCGCCUGCAGCCAGGCAGAGUGCAUGGGUGGGAGUCAGGCCAUUACCUCACCGCUGCCUGCCAACACCCCAUCGCCCUCCUUCAGUAAGCUGCCUCCUUCCAAGGCCAGCAGACCGUCCAAGGGCAAAGAUGGGACUGACGUGGAGGCCCCAUCCCGCAAGCGGAAAUUGUCCCCUGGCCCUGCAGCCUUCAAACGGACCUGUAUCCUGGAUCCUCCUGGGAAAGGCAAACCUGCAGGCUGCCGAGCCCUCCCUGCCAAGACUAAGCCAGCCCUGGGCAUAGGGCUCAAUGGGGCAGUGGGACCCCGGGUGAAACGGGCAGGGCCCCUGGACUGUCGGGGCUCCCCACAUACACCUCCAGUUCCCGUCAAGGCCUCCCAGCUGGAGAACCGGGGGGGAGCUGGCCAUCCAGCCAAAGCUCUACAGCCUAACUGCCUCUCUGAGGAAGAGGCCAAGAAGAGGAAAAACCUGGCCACGUACUGCCGGCCAGUGAAGGCAAAGCACUGCCCUGCGGGGCCCCCAGCGGCCGACUCGGCCUGCUCUGUGCGCAGGAAGAAGCCCAGCCCGGCCUUGGGCUUUGAGGAGAAGUGCACCACGCUGAAGGGUCUGGAGGACUUCUGGGUAGGAAGGGAAGGUGUUGACUCCUCCACUCUCCCUCCCUGCCAUGCCUUCUUGGUGAAAGCAGUGGGAGGGAAGACCCCAGGACCCCUGCCUAGGAGCACUGCUUCCUCAACACUGUCCCCGUGGCAGCAGCUCAGUCACCAUAAAGUUUCCUUAGACAGAAUUCACUGGAGGCAGCCCCUGUACUGCCACGUUCACGUUCCACCGCCGCUGCUACUGCUGCCGCUGCAGGUCCCGAAUCAGACUCCUUUCUGGGCCCAGAGCUGGAGGCCCACUGGCUGCAGAUUGUUCACCAUGAGGACACACUCUUCCCAGGCCAGUGCUUCCCCCCACACAGGUCUUUCUUGCCUCUUGUCUUCCUGCAGUCAAAAGCGCAUUAAUGAGAAAGUGCCUGCCCAUCGCAACGGAGCUGCCAGCGCCUCCUCCCUCUCCAGGAUCCAGGCCCCAGGCUGCUGCUGCUGCCGCCGCUUUUUAUAACUUUAUAUUAUUUUUUUUAAGAAAA